CGCGUAGCCAGUGACCGCGUUUAUCGCAGCCGUUGAACAACACCCGUUCCACCGGAUAAAGAAGUCGGAAACAGGCACUUCGCCUGUCCUUGUUCAGUGCGGAAAACGCCCCCAAACCAAGCCGCUGCCAUGCCGGACCCGGCGGCAAGUGCGGUGCAUACGUUGAGCGGCCACAACGUCGUUGGAGCGAACUGGCGCCCGAUCCACUUCACAAAAGAAGUGCCGCAGUCGCGCGUCUGUAGCCUCUGCCGCACGGUUCCCAGUAGAACGGUGGAGCUGCCCUGCUCGCACUUCCUGUGUGAUUCCUGCAACGACGCCAGAGAUCAAGAUGGCCGCUGCAUGUGUCCCUUGGACCUGCAACCGUUCGACGAGGGCGAGUGCUUAUGGAAUGACUUCCCUGCCUCGAGAGCGAGCAGCCUCAAGGCCCAUUGCUGGAAUGAAUGCAACGGCUGCGAGUUCGUAGGCACCAUCGAAGCUGUACUGCUUCACUACGAGAGAGAGUGCGUCUUGCAUACCCUCCAGUGCCCACGGUGUGCACGCAGAGUGAAGCGCACAGAGCUUGCCGCGCACUAUGUGGCCGGAUGCUCCCGCGGUGAUUCGUGUUCUGCACAGAAUUGCGAACGUGGCGAUUCACUAGCCGUUCGUGACCCGAGUGAAACAAUGGACGAAAUGACGUCCAUUCCGACAGGCCCGUGUCACCAGCAGUUGGCAAUAGCUCGGAGGCGAAUGGACGAACUCUUGCAACUAUUUAGGAACUGUGAAGCCGUGCGUUUGUCGGAGAUCAGCGACGUGGUCAUGAGUUCCGAGGAAAACUUGGUGCACAAAAUGGAAGAAUUCAAGUCAAGUAUCUGCUGUACGGUUGCACAGCUGAACACCGGUCUGACAGAGCUGAAGGUGCUAUUCAGAGAUCCGUGCUCUGAUCACCUGCCCAAUCUUCAGGGUCAAAUGAACGAAGUCGUCGAUCAAUCAAAGGCCAAUUACGCUGCCUUAGUUCGGGAAAUGACCGCGGCGCUUAGAGACUCGGAAAGUAACUUGGGGGUAAAAAUUGAUACACUUCAGGCACAUCUCUCUUCGACGCUAGCACUGAAACUGCAGCCUCUUCAAAGAGUGCUUGACUGCUGUGAGCAGAAAAAAUUAUCUUCGGAAAGUGAAGGUGCCGUUGCUGCGACCAGUUCAGGGAAAACGAACAUGCCGUGGCAGUCGGAAAAGAAGCUCAUCCUUCGAAAGUUGGAUGAAUUAGCCAGUGCAUCACUACGCACCCUGGAAUUAAUGCGGCAGGAGUGUCUGUCGCAUGGCGGCCGCCCAUGGAUUUCUGAAGUGUGUUGCACUUCAGGUGCGUACGUUGUAACUUUGAGAAACGCUGGCAAAAUAUUUAGCCUGAAGGCAGGCGUCUUCGCAGAGUGGAUUCUCCGGCACCGCAGUGAUAUCUUUUUGCACAUUGUCUUUGCGAAUACCGCUGUAGGGCGAUUUGUAGUACUGGUCCGCGGUCUUUCAUUUGCGGACACUCCUUGGUAUUCCUGCGACAAUGCCGCACUGACGGUACUAAACGAGAACCAGUGUAAUGACAAUUGCAUUGAUUGCGCUCCUGGUGCUUUCAGCGAAUCCGACGCUUCAACAAAUGACGUGUUAUUUUACGUUGAAACCCGAACGCUCGGUGCAGAGGGCUUUAUAAAAGGCGGAGAACUUAAGUUUCGGCUUCAACUUUGAUCAACGAUUUUAGCCGAGCGCACCAUGACGCUAUGGAACUGCAUUUACAUCCGAUUCGUAUGCUUUCUUUUUGCCGUCAAAACAAAAGGCUGUUUUUACGCUGCUAUUGUUACCUUGCCGCGUGUGAUAAGUCCACUUUGAAAAGCGACUGUUUCCUGCAGACGCGUUGGACAACUCUCGAGCAGUGGCGAGAUAACGUCGAAACCUUAGAAAACUCCAUGAGCUCCUGUGUAGGCAUCGGCGUAGAACCUCAGGACGAGAACUUACCCUCAGAAGUUCGACGCCCUAAACAUCUGACCACAGCGAAACGCGUGAGUAGGCUGUCAGCCUAAGAGUGAAGUGUGCGUCUUGCGAAGGUUGCCAGUGUAAUUAGAAGGGGCCGCUAAAUCUAAUAGAAAAGUACAUACUAUGGCGUGAAAGGCAAAUUGUGCAUGGACUUCAGUGUAAUCUAAGCAAAUACAACAGUUCGUAUUUCAUACAAAUACCUCUUCUCUAAUCAGUUUGUCAUAGUGACUCAGUAGGUCGUGAAACAGAGGAAUACUGUUCUUAAGCCGCGACUGCGAAGGGAUUCAUGAAAUCACUCACACAACGUCAUUUUCCGUGUUGCGUUGCGGUGUUCUCUUCUGACUUGUCCACGUUGAUUUGUGCAUGUUGAAAUUAUUUCGAGGUGACAUUUGUUUUCUGAUUUGUACACCUUUCGCAUAUUCGUGUGACUUCAAAUGUGUAUCUGCCUGGUUUCUUUCAAAAUAAAAAAAGUUAUUUUUGA